ACGCAGUUAGAGACUGUUCUGCAUUUUUUAAGGUUACAUCUCUUCAAGCAUCACAAAGACAACAAAGAUGGAUGUCUUCACUCGUAAGAGGAUAAUCACCGAUCUACACACAGGGAGACCAGUUCGAUUCCAGAAGGAUGGGAAAUGUACCGAUUCGAUCGGGGAACCUGCUCGGAAAGGGAAUAGAGUGUGGAGAAAAAAAUCCCAGCAUCGAGAGAACCUGAGAAGCGGAGACGCAACAGAGUUUUGGGAGAAUGACAGAUCCUAUUAUAGUAGUAAUGACGCAGCAAGACCUCGGGCGAUAGAUGGGAGAUCCCCUCUUAACCGCUACUAUAGCAAUGACGCCGCGAGGCCACAGGAGAAUGACAGAUCCCCUCACCGCUACAAUAGCACUGAAACAUCUAGGCCUCGAGAAGCACAUGUAGAUGGGAGAUCCCCUCUUAACCGCUACUAUAGCAAUGACGCAGAGAGGCCACAGGAGAAUGACAGAUCCAGUCACCGCUACAAUAGCACUGAAUCAUCUAGGUCUCUGGAGGUAGAUGGGAGAUCCCCUAUUAACUGCUACAACAAUGCUGACGGAGCGAGUGUUCAGAAAAAUGGAAGAUCCCCUCUUAAUCGCUACAAUAGUGCUGACGAAGAGAGGUUUCAGAAGAAUGGAAGAUAUCCUCUUAAUAGCUACAUUAGUGCUGACGAAGAGAUACCUAAGAAUGGAAGAUCCCCUCUUAAUCGCUACAAUAGUGCUGACGAAGCGAGACCUCAGAAUGGAAGAUCCCCUCUUAAUAGCUACAAUAGUACAGAUGCAGCAAGGCCUAAGGAGAACUGA